CAGGUAUCUAUGCUUUGACGCCGCUAAUCUUUCCGUCUGCAUGCUGGAGCGCUUUGGUAAAAAUCUGUCUCCGCUCCCUACUCGGAGAUGCGGGAUGCGAUAUUUCAGGUCAGGGCUUCAUUGUCCAGGUCACAGUUGUGUCCUAUGAAAUAGACUCCUGAAAUGCUAACAUGGGAAAGAAGCGAAUAAAGGGAAGACAAGUGCAGCCAGAUGAGUCACCGGAAGUGCUAAACCCUGUAUGCAAACACCUGCGCAAAGGAUUGGAGCAAGGUCACCUGAAAAAGGUUUUGCAGAAUGUGGACUGGAAUGCCUGCCAGGAUUGCCGGUCAUUGGAUAGUGACACACAUGAGAAAUGUGAAGAGGAGGAAGAAGACAGGCCUUCACUAUGGUUGUGUCUCAAAUGUGGCCACAGGGGCUGUGGCAGAGAUUCUAAAGAGCAGCAUGCUUUAAAGCAUUAUGAAACCCCAAGGUCAGAGUCUCACUGUUUGGCUCUCAGUUUAGACAACUGGAGUGUGUGGUGCUACCUGUGUGAUAAUGAUGUCCUGUACAACAGUUCUACUCAGUUGGGCCAACUUGUGGAUUAUGUUAGAAAGCAAGCUCGUGUUAACAUCAAAACCCCGGCAUCCACAGAUGAAGAGAACAAGCAGUUGGAAAAUAAGAAAAUAAAAGAUCACAGAAAUGAGGAAGAGAGAGAGAAAAAAGAGAUCUUGGUGAAAGACGACAACCUUCACUUAAAUGGCUAUGCAGAAGUUACUGUGAAGGGUCUCAGUAACCUUGGAAAUACAUGCUUCUUUAAUGCUGUUCUUCAGAAUCUAUCACAGACACCAAUUCUGAGAGAACUGCUGAAAGAGUUUAAAAUGGCAGAUUUGACACUUACCAUUGAGCCUCCAGAAUUCUCGGUAAUGGAACCUCUGGUGGUUAAACUUGAUCAAGCAAGACCUGUGACACUGGCAAUGUGCCAGUUUCUAACAGAAAUGCAAGAGACUAAAAAAGGAAUUGUAAGCCCUCACGAACUCUUUUCUCAGGUCUGUAAAAAAGCGAUACGUUUUAAAGGAUAUCAGCAGCAGGACAGUCAGGAACUGCUUCACUAUUUACUAGAUGGGAUGCGAACAGAAGAAGCACAAAGGAUUUGUGCUGGUAUUUUUAAAGCACUGAAUAAUUCUGGUGACAAAGACAAUGAGGAGCUAAAGAAGAAAAUCAAAGAGUAUUAUAAGGGAAAGGCACCACAUAGCUUUGUGGAUCGUAUUUUUGGGGGAGAAUUAACAAGUACCAUCAUGUGUGAAGAGUGCCGAACUGUUUCUUUAGUUCAUGAGUCAUUCCUUGAUUUGUCACUCCCAGUCUUAAAUGACCAUAGUGAUAAGAAGAGAACAAAUGAUAAAAAUAUUAAAAAAGUACAGGCAAAGGAGUUGGAAGAUGAAGACAAUAACACAGAAACUAACAGUUAUUUGAAGGAGACUGAUGAGGCUCCUGGGCCCAGUAAACACCUCCAGAAGAAGGCAAAGAAAAUGGCCAAAAAGCAAGCAAAGAAUCAGCGUCGACAGCAAAAACUUCAAGAAAAGGUGAUCCAUCUAACAGAUCCUUGUGUCACAGAAGAAAUUGAAGUUGGUCAAAAUUGCAGGAAAGAAGCAGAAAGGAGCAGUGAGGUUACUGACCUAAAACAAGAGGAAGAAUCGUUAAACCAGUGUGACAAACACUAUGCAGAUGAAAAAGAAAACAAUGGUGAACAUGAGAUAACAAAAGAGGUGCAAAAACUAGAGGAAGAAUCCUUAAACCAAUGUGAAGAACACUGUGUGGAUGAAAAAGAAAACAAUGGUCGACAUGAGAUAACAAAAGAGGUGCAAAAACAAGAGGAAGAAUCCUUAAACCAAUGUGAAGAACAGUAUGCGGAUGAAAAAGAAAACAAUGGUCGACAUGAGAUAACAAAAGAGGUGCAAAAUACAGAAAAAUGUAGUGAAAAUACAGAAUGUUGUGACAAAGAGGCAAACGGUGAAGCUGCUACAGAUUUUCCUGUAGGAGAUGUGGUUUCUGCUGUGGAGUGUGUGAAUAAAUUUGAUCACCUGACUCUCAGGGAAGACGAGAUGUCUAAGGAAGAAAAGGAGCUUUCUAAGAAAGACAAGAUUGCUGAGGAAGAUGAGGACAUUUCUCACAUCUUUAAUGAAUUAUCCUUGGAUGUAGAGUCUGAUAAUAUGGAUAUUGCAUAUGAACUUGAUUCUGAUUCAAAAAUCUAUGAAGUAGUGAAUGUGGAUUCAGAAACUGCAUUUUGUACUUUAGCAAACAGAGAGAUGAUAAGCUUGGAAGAAGGUUCAGUCCUUCAUUGUUUGUAUCAGUUUACUCGUAACGAAAAGCUCUGUGAAAAUAAUAAACUCCUCUGUGAUGUAUGCACACGAAGGCAACUCUCUGGACCAAAGAAUGCUGCAACAAACACCAAGAAACACAUAUACACUAAUGCCAAAAAACAAAUGCUUAUAUCCCUUGCUCCUCCAAUAUUAAUUCUUCAUUUAAAGAGAUUUCAGCAGGCUCGGUACAAUCUCCAAAAAGUGAACAAGCACAUAAAAUUUCCUGAAAUAAUGGAUUUGGCACCUUUCUGCUCGGUUAAGUGUAAGAAUGUUGUGGAGGGGAGUCAAAGAGUAUUAUACUCUUUGUAUGGUGUUGUUGAACACAGUGGUACUAUGAGGUCUGGUCACUACACUGCAUAUGUGAAGACAAGAACUGCCAACAACCAACUUUCUGAUCUUGUGCUCCAUGGCAAGAUUGAACAAAUUUCGGAAAAAGAAGCUUCCAAAGGACAGUGGUUUCACAUUAGCGAUACCCAUGUGCAAGUAGUAUCUGUAUCAAAAGUGCUGAGUGCACAAGCAUAUCUCCUAUUCUAUGAGCAACUACUGUAAAUGAACUACUUGAUCCUUUCUCUGCAAACUAAAUUAAAUGAAACCCAGGGAAGUUGUUUCAAAACUAUAAUCAUGUUUAGUCUGGUGAAUAUACUGUGUACAGCUGUUAUCAAUCACCUGCAUUUCAACAGAGCAAAUUUACUUUCAGGAUUUUAAAUAAAAAUACUUUAAUAAAA